AUGGUGACGGACUGGAGGGCGGAGUACGCGAAGGCGGCGGCGCUGCAGGCGGACGAAGGCGCCUCUGCAGCUGCUUCCUCAGCGCAGCAGCAGCAGCAGAAGACAGCAGAGAACGGCGUGCUGGCGUUCGUGGACCUGUUGCUGACUGAAGAAGGCGGCGAGUGGUGGACCAAGCUCCAGCGUCAGGCCAAACGCGCCGCCAAGCAGAGUGAUGGUCUAGAGGUUGAACCGCUGCAGGAGGAGGACAAGAAGCAACUCACGGCGCUGAAGAAGCGGCUGACGAAGGUGGGCAGUGAGCUGCUGGUGAAGGUGCCGGAGCUGAACGCGUCCAAGGACGCGCCGCGCUCAGCCAAAGUGCGCGUGCUGCAAUUGCAGCUCGUGUGCCGCAUGCUGUGCUACGGCACGCUGACUAAGAAGAAGAAGCAGGAGAAGAAGACGAUGAAGAAGGAGAUCAGAGGACUGCUGGAUCGUGUGGCGCUGCUGUUGGAUGCGGCUAACCCGCCGUCGCUGGCGGAUGAAGACGCGGAUGAGCGCUCGCCGUUCCAGGAGUUCCUGCAGCAGCAAUUGGCCCCCAGAUUGAAGCUGCUGCUGCCGGAGCUGAUGCAGUACUUGUUGAAGGUUUACGAGCUGGAAGAGGAGGAAGAGGUCAAGGAUGACCAGGAGACGGAUGCUGCCAGUGCCAUGCUCCCUCCUCCUCCUAUCGAGAUACCGGCGUCUGGUACUAGUAUCCUGUCGGCUUUGCGUCAAGAGCGACCUGCGAAGCGGCCACUCCCGGAUGCGACUGGGCUGUUCAAGGAAGUCCAGCUGCCUCAGCAAUUGCAGCGACAACAAUCGCAGUCACGGCCGCGGAAAUCCAGACGAGUGGCGCUAGAUUUUGCCGGCGCGGCAUCCCUCGAAAAGGCUCGUCUAGCUUUGAGCGCUCGGAAGCCUGGCGAUUCCGACUUGCUGCGUCGUGCCGCAAUAACUUCAAGCGCAAAGGGACCCACGGCGCCUUUACUCCACCGUGCCAUAUCGGAGCGCUCCCACUUCAUCGGAAGCCAAGCUGGAGUAAGGUCGUCGCCAGGUGCUGCUGCACAAAGUACAGGGACAGCUGCCGCAGGCAGAACCCAGUCUCCCCCACUGCGUCGUGCUGCGACCACUUCGUCUGUGGUGAUGCGUACGCCUGAUAGACCAAAGCGAUCGGCUGCACGAACCACGAGGCGGGUCUUGGUUGAAGCCUCGCCUCCUCUCCGCAGACCGAGUGGAUCUGGAGCCGCGGCACCUCGACUCCUUCAGCCCAAGGCUUCACGAACAGGAUCCACCCCUCCACCUCUUUUCCGGUGA